AUGCCAAAAAACAAUAACUAUCUACUUGUCUCGGUGCCGCAGCAGCACAUCCUUCGCCUGUAUAAUAGUUCGACAGGUCUUCCAGUGUCGCGGAAGGGGCCUGUCAUGCGUGUGGAGGCGACAGCGGUUGCGGUGGAGCCGUGCGCCGACCCGUUUCUCUUUGUGGGCGAUGUGAGUGGGACCAUCACCAUGUGGCGGUACCGCGUGGGCUGCGGUGACGGCGGCCCCCUGCCUGCUGUAGUGACGGCGGGCAAGGGAAUGCGGAAGGGCGGGGAAAAGGGACAUGGAGGAGCGGCAUUACCGCAGGCGAAUGCCACAAAAAUGAGGAGAGAUAGUGUGGCUACAACAACGGCAUCAACAUCGACAGCAGCAGAGGUAAGAGGAGUAGCGGCUGCAUCUAUGCCUAAUCUGAAGCGGCAAACUCGGCAGCAGCACACAUUACCUGCAAUGGCAGAAAUUCAGCCACAAUUUGAGAAGGUAGCAGGACUGGUUAUGGAGAAGGGUGUACCGGUUGGAACAAUCGUGGUAAACUCCAUGAAUCACCAGCAAUUUCACUGCUUGUUGCGUGUUCAACGCAUCGGGCAGCAGCUACCGGAGGCAAACACAAUAAAAAAAUGGGCAGCUGCUGCACUAGCAGGGGCACGGCAACGUGACGAAUAUCAUGUAGUAUCCAGCAACACCAGCAAUGCCACUGCCGCCAGAUCAGCAUGUGCUGUUAUGUUGUUGGUGUCCUUCCCAUGUGAUCGUCUGGUGAUACUUUGCAUCCAGCCUAGCAAAUGCACUCCACGGACAUACAAGCUAGUGCCCAUGCUAGUGAUCAAUGGUGCAUGUCGCCUCCGCCAGCUUUCUGCGGGGACCGCCUUUUGUGUGGACAACACGCGGUGCCCUACAUUGUCGUGCACUUGCGAAGAAGGUUUUGUACGCAUCGUUGCCUGCACCGCCGCCUUCCCGUUGCUCGCGAAGGACGAAGGUAAGAGGCGCCCGCACACACCACCACAAGCCGCAGCACUGUGGAAUGUGAUGGCGACACUGCCGGUUCCGUGUGGCGGAAUUCCAUGCAGCCUUGCAUGGUCACCCGACAUGCGAUUCCUCGUAGUGGUAACGGAGGAAGGCACACUCUACCAGUGGCGGCGCGCGCAUCUUCUUCACAAGAGCACUCACCGCGGCGAUGGCAAUUAUCGAGACGAUGACGACUCCAUUGCCGGCCAAGGGUUCCAGGACGAAGUGGACGAGUGGCGCGCUUAUUUUGAGCGCGAAAAGGAGCGGCAGAUGCGCCGCUAUCGCACUGAGGGGCGAACCGCCAACGCAGAGGAUGACUCACUCAGCGGCUCGGGGGGGUUGUGGUCGAGCGCUUGGGAUUCAGCGGCGCGGAGCUCCGAGCCGUCGCUAGGGUGA